GAUGUCCACAUAUACAUGGAGGAAAAAAAAUUUCUUCCGAUUUUAGUGCACAUAGGCUCAUUUUGUUCGUUUUUCAAUAUUUAGUCAUGUUUCCAAAAAGAUCCCUAAUCAAUUAAUAUUUAGGGGUUGCUCAAUGGCCCCAAAGGUUUUUCAAUAUGCAUCAGCAUUGGGUUACCCGCGAGUCCGCGAUAAAAUUGUAACAACAGAAAAUAAUCUGUCCAUUUGACCAAUCUUUAUGAUAAGGUUACUGACUGUAAAGCACCAUUGCAUUUGCAUUACUUAUUUAUUUAGUGUUUUUAGAAUUUAGAUAUUCUAUGAUGAUGUCAUUGUCAAUGUAGCAAAUGAGAAUUAUUUCAGCAAACUUGUGAAUUUAUACAGAAUUUAUUUAAUACAUUGAUGUAAACUCUCAAUAAAGACUGUUGCUGAAAAUGGCUGCAAAGUCAAACGCUGUACCACUGACACGCACUCGAACUGCUGUUUGGCUGAUUGGUCAACCUGAAAAGGACCUACCGAGUAAUGUCCUUCCGACAACGGGCGAUGUUCUUCGUACAUUUUUCCAUUACCACAAAACAAUAAAACAGACAGUAUCUGCCAGUGCAAAGUCAACCUCAUCUGAUUUGGUAAAAAUUUGGAGCAAGGCACGGAUACCAAUGGUGUAGAUUUGGAGAAAAUCUUGGGAAUUGUCAAGCUUCCAGCGGGCACUGGGGUAGCACAAGCCAAGGCAACAUUCCAGUUGGCCAAAAUAUGGGAUGUUGAUAGUGAAAUCGUUGGCAUGUGCUUUGACACCACAGCUUCGAAUACGGGCUCCAAAAAUGGUGCAUGUGUCUUGCUGGAACAACUAAUUGGGAGAAACCUUCUAUACUUAGCUUGUCGACACCACGUGCAUGAAGUGAUUAUUGGUGAAGUGUUCACAGUUUUGCUUGGCCCAAGCCGUGGCCCAAACAUUGCUCUAUUUGAACGUUUUCAGCAGUCUUGGCCAACUAUUGACCAAAUGAACUUUGUUCCACUUGAUGAUACGCGACUUACAGUUCCACAGCUGCAACAACUCAGAGCAGAAUUUGGUCCUUUCUUGCUGUCUUUUCUGUCAGGUCAAACGUCAUAUCUACCACGAGAGGACUACAAGGAAAUGAUUGAACUUUGCCUCUUGAUAUUGGGUUUCACACUACCAAGCCAUCCAGCUGGUGGAAAGCCAUAUCAUUUCAGACAGCCGGGUGCCUACCAUAUGGCAAGAUGGAUGGCAAAGGUCAUAUAUUGCAUGAAGAUUUUCCUGUUCAGGAAUGAAUUCAAACUGACUUCAACUGAGGUGAAAAACCUGUCUGAAUUUUGCAUUUUUGCAGCUCACAUUUAUGUACCAGCUUGGAUUGCUUGUCCAGUGGCAAGUGAUGCACCAUUGAAUGAUUUGAUGCUGUUUCAGAGAAUAAAAAGAUAUGCUGAGGUACACAAGAUUGUUUCACAAGCAGCUUUGAAGAAAUUGCAGAAUCACAUGUGGUAUCUUGGAACAGAAAUGGUUCCUCUUUCACUGUUCUCCAGCAAAGUAUCUGAUGAAGAAAAGAAGUUGAUUGCGGAAGCCAUGAUCCUCAGUGGAGAUGAUUGGAGUGUCAGGGGAAACAAGUUUCCAGUAUCAAAAUGUAAUGAGUUGGAGAAAAAGCAACUACAUGAACUGGUAACAUCAUCAUCAACAGCUGCAUUGCAGUCACUUGGACUUGACAUAACUACCUUGUCAGGACUUGAGCCCCCGAGUUGGGAAGAAAGUGCUUCAUUUCGAAAAACCAAAGCUGUUGUUGCUUCUCUCAAGGUUAUCAAUGAUACUGCCGAGCGCUCUAUUGCACUGAUGAGUUCUUUAAACCAGUCAAUAACAAAGACAGAGUCUGAAAUGCAGAAACUCCUCCAAGUUGUUGAGGACAACAGGAAGCGCAUUCCAGAUUACCGGAAAAGCACCCUGAUGGCAUAUGCCCCUCGGUAGACGUCGCAAGCUUGAAAACUGAAAUAAGUUGAACUUUGAACACGUGAACAAUAAAUGAGCAUGCAAUAAAAAUCUGAACGAACAUGUUUAAAAAUUGCUGUUAAUUUCUUUGAUAUUAAUUUUGAUAAAUUAAAAAUUGUUAAUGUGUGACUGAUUGUGUCUGCACUGUCUGUGUCAUAACCAGUAUGUCUUUUUGAAAUGAAUAGUAAUGUAUCUAUCACAUUUUAUCAUCUUGUGAUUCUAGUUUGAAGAUUUCAGUCAAAAAAGUGCAGCCGCGGCAAGUUUAUCUGUACUGUUAAACUUCACCUCCAUUGAGCAACUUGUAAAUAUCAAAAUAUAAAUGCCAAAAUUUGCAUAAAAGUUAGUUUCCAUCAAAGGAACAAAAUGAGAUACUGUGCUAGGUUGAAUUCAAAAAUUUUUUUUUUUGGACAUACCU